AUGUACUUCGGCGAAGUCGUGUUCGCAAUCAGCGGUGCAUUGACGGCGGCUCGCUACAAGAUGGACGUGCUGGGGUUCGUUCUGAUCGGCACGAUCACGGGGAUUGGUGGGGGAACGCUUCGCGACUUGCUGCUCGAUCGCCCGGUCUGGUGGACGCAUGACCCGACCGAACUGAUCUUGUGCAUGGUCACGUCGCUGAUCACGUUCUUCUUUAUCACCAAAGACAUCACGCGGCAUCAAGCCAUGGUCUGGUCCGACGCGCUGGGGCUGUCGGUCUUCGGCGUCGUCGGUUGCUACAUCGCCAUGCAGCAUGGCUCGUCAUUCAUCAUUGCGGUGUUCAUGGGAAUGGUUACCGCCACGGGAGGCGGCGUCCUUCGCGACGUGCUGACGAACACCGAGCCCAUGAUC